GUUGUUGUUGUUCAUGAAGGAUUAGAUACACAUUAACAAUACAUCAUACCGUAAUUCUCUUAUCUCUGUGAACAUUGAUUAUAUUUGUUUCUCACCAGUUUGAUAAAGUGCGAAUUUUGCUAUCACCAAACAUCCACUCGCUGGUUUAUUCUCUGCUGGAGGUGUUGAAUUGAACAAUGAUUCACUGACAAAGGUUAACCAAGAUGGAAGAUGAAGAAAACAUGAUGAUUGAAACUCGUCCAUUAAUUCAGAAUUCAGAACAUUAUAAUACAAAUGAAGAAAUUAAAAAGUGGGAUGUUUUCGGAUUACUUCCACACGAAGAAGAAGAUCAAACAGAAAUAUCCAAAUUUCUUAAAUAUUGUACAAAAGUCUUAAAAUUUAUUUCCUAUAUAGUAACAUUCGUAAUUGUGUUAGUGACGUCCAUUUUAGCUAAAAGUACAUUGUUAUUAAUGACGUCAAUGGUCCGUCCAAAACAAAAAUUCUCAACGUGUAUAGCAGAUGAUGAAAGUGGUAAAGAAUUUCAAGUGGAAAUCGACGAAAAUGAAAGCAGAGGUUGGAUAUGGUGCCUUUAUUUCGUCUUGGUCAUUCCGGAUGUCUUCGUUCUUAUCAGAAGCAUCAGAAUAUGCAUAUUUAAAUCGAUUUAUAAACCUAAACUAAAAGCUACCAUCUUAAUAGUAUUCAUCUUCGAAACAUUCCAUUGUUUGGGCCUUACCCUGUUAGUUUUUGGUGUGUUUCCCAAUCUUUAUGUCAUCCAUGCUGCCAUGUUGGCUAGUUGUGUGUGUUUUCUACCGUCGAUUUUUCAGUUAAUUUCACGCAAUAAAAGUGAAAAAACAGUUGCAGUUAAAAUUAUUAUUGAUCUAAUAUGCAUUUUUGCUCAAGGAAGUGGUCUUGUAAUAUUUUUCUUUGCAAAAGAACAAACAGAAGUAAUAAAAGGAAAUAAAUGGAUUCUGCCGUUUGCACUAUUUUUAACCUCAUUUCAUUGGUGGGAAAAUUUCGUCAAUAAAAAUUCUCAAUUUAAAUGCAUGCAAACGUUAGCGAAUGUAAAAAAUGAUUUACGAAAAUGCAAAUAUUUAAUUUCUCUAUUCAUUUCAUUGUGGAAAAUUGUCUUAACAUUGGCCAUCAUUUUAACUGUUUGUAGUAUAAAUUCUAUAGACGUAAAAUCUUUAUUUACAAAAUUUAAAAGUGGCUUUGAAGAUGUACAAAAUAACAUUACUAGAACAAUAUAUUCGGGAGAUAAUUCGUAUUUAAUAUCAAGUUCUUCAAGUAUUUCUUCCUCAUCAGAAAGGUAUGCUUCAUCAGAUGGUAUGUUACCUGUUUAUGUCACUGUAUUGCACGUACUCAGUUGCUGGUUAUGUUAUAUCUCAGCCAAAUUUGCUUGUCGAACCUGCAUACAAGGUUUUGGUUUCUCAUUACCAUUAUAUUUAACAACACCCACGUGCUUAUUCCUGAUCGUUUUCAGCUGCAAGCAAAAACUAAUAAACAGUUGUUAUAUGAAUUUUCUAUCCAAUUAUGCAUUUUGGACAUGUGCUAAAAAUGAUUUAUAUUUUUAUGUGAUUAAUGUGUUUGGAGCAUUGUGGAUUGCUUGGUUCUUAUCUCAAAUGUGGAUUACAAUACACGUUUGGACUCCAAAAUCUGAAAGAUUGGCAUCUACAGAAAAGUUAUUUGUUAAUUCAAUGUACUGUGGCGUUAUUAUGGAUCAUUCAUUACUGUUAAACAGAAGAAAGCAUGACGAUGAUGAUGAUCAAGAAUAUAAGGCGAUGGAAACACCAAAUCAAUCGGUAGAAAUUGAUGCGUAUUAUGAUCACAUAAAUGAUGUGAAUACUGAAAGUACUACAAGGAUAUAUGCUUGUGCUACUAUGUGGCAUGAAACCAAAGACGAAAUGAGUCAAUUGUUAAAAUCUUUAUUCAGAAUGGACGAAGAUCAAUGCGCGAGAAGAAAUGCCAUAAAAUUUCUACAAGUACGUGAUGUCGACUAUUAUGAAUUUGAAGCUCAUAUAUUUUUUGAUGAUGCUUUCGAAGAAAGUGAAGAAAAUGAAGAUUAUAUGGUUAUUAAUCAGUUUGUUCGAUUGCUAAUUAGAGAAAUUGAUAAUGCUGCAAGCACGGUACAUGAAUGUGAAGUCCAGUUACUACCACCAAAAGUAAUUCCAACUCCUUACGGAGGGAGAUUAGUUUGGAUGAUGCCUGGAAGCAAUAAACUGAUCGUUCAUUUGAAAGAUAAAUCAAAAAUACGACAUAAGAAACGAUGGAGUCAAGUUAUGUAUAUGUACUAUUUAUUGGGUGCUGGCAUUAUGGAGUUAAAUAUAGAUUCACAUCGCAAGAGUCAACGUGCCGAAAAUACUUACAUUCUAGCACUUGAUGGCGAUAUCAACUUUCGUCCCUUUGCCGUUCAGUUGUUGGUAGAUUUAAUGAAAAAGAAUCCAGUGCUUGGAGCUGCGUGCGGUAGAAUCCAUCCUGUAGGAUCAGGUCUUAUGGUCUGGUAUCAAAAGUUUGAAUACGCUAUUGGUCAUUGGUUACAAAAAGCAACUGAACAUAUGAUAGGUUGUGUUCUAUGCAGUCCUGGAUGCUUCUCAUUAUUUCGAGCUAAAGCACUUAUGGAUGAUAAUGUGAUGAGAAAAUAUAAUAGCAUGUCGGAAGAAGCGAGGCAUUAUGUUCAAUACGAUCAAGGCGAAGACAGAUGGUUAUGCACUCUGUUGUUGCAAAGGGGUUAUAAAGUCGAAUAUUGUGCUGCUUCAGAUGCUUACACUCAUUGUCCAGAAGGGUUUGGAGAAUUUUAUAACCAACGUCGAAGAUGGGCACCAUCGACAAUGGCAAACAUUAUGGAUUUAUUAGCUAGUUACAAGCACACAAUUGCGAUCAAUAAUAACAUUUCUACACCUUAUAUGAUGUAUCAGCUAAUGCUGAUGAUAGGAAGUAUUCUUGGUCCUAGUACCAUAUUUCUUAUGUUAGUUGGUGCCAUGGUUGCAGCAUUCAGGAUUCCUAAUAUUGAAGCAUUACUAGCAAACCUUAUACCUAUAACAUUAUUUAUUCUUAUAUGUUUCUUCACGAAAAAUGAUUUUCAGAUUUUGGUCGCUCAAAUAUUAAGUGCAUUAUAUGCUUUACUGAUGAUGGCCGUAUUAGUAGGAACAGCAGUUCAACUAGUGGAAGAUGGACCAUCUUCUCCUUCAGCCAUUUUCCUUAUAGCACUAACUGCAAGUUUUGUUAUCUCUGCCAUUUUCCAUCCUCAAGAAUUCUUCUGCCUCUUUCAUGGAGUUUUGUAUUUUUUAAGUGUACCUUCCAUGUAUCUUUUUUUAAUUUUAUAUUCUUUGAUUAAUUUAAACAAUGUGUCUUGGGGUACAAGAGAAAUUAAAAAGAGGGAAACAAAAACUGAACUCGAAGCACAAGCCAUUCAAAUAAAAGAAAUAAAAAAGAAAUCAGCUUUUGGUUGGCUUCCAAAUUUUGGAUUUGGUAACAAAAAUCAAGAAGAAGACGGUGGCAUCUCUUGCAGCCUAUCAAAUCUUUUUAAGUGCAUGUUUUGCACCUAUCCAAAAGUAAAUGAUGAAAAAUAUCAGUUAAUAAAGAUAUCAGAUCAGCUUGAUUAUAUAAACACGCAAUUAUUAAACGUGGAAACAAAAUUAGAAAGAGCAAGAAAUCCAGCUUUUCGCAGAAAAUCGAGUCUUGGUCGAAAAGUUUUAUCAUCAUUAAAAGAAGAAGAGGAAGAAGAAGAAGAAGAAGAAAGAGAUGGCGAUGAUGAUGUGUUUGAAACUGAAGAAAAUAUCGAAUCAAAUGUUGAAGAGAAUGAUAAUUUCGAUGUCAAAGUCGAUAAGAAAUGUUAUGGUGAAAAAAGAGACGAUUUAAUUAAUCCAUAUUGGAUAGAAGAUAAGGAUUUAAAGCAUUGUAAUGUUGUAAACUUAAACAAAUCAGAAAUUCAAUUUUGGUUCGAACUCAUACGAAAAUAUCUUUAUCCAAUUGAACAAAACAAGGCUCGCGAAGAAAAAGUGACUUCUGAGCUCAAUGAACUUCGAAAUAAAGUUGUAUUCACAUUUUUAAUGAUGAAUUCUAUAUUUAUAUUAGUUGUAUUUCUUCUUCAAGUAAACAAGAAAGAUUUACAUUUAAAAUGGCCAAUUGGCAUGAAAUAUACUAUUACCUACGUUGUAAGUUCUAGGCAAGUGAGAAUACAAGAACAUUCUUUAGAAAUCGAUCCAAUUGGUAUUGUAUUUGUUAGUUUCUUCGCUAUUAUUUUAAUAAUCCAAUUUAUUGGAAUGCUCUUUCAUCGUUUGGGUACAAUGACUCAUAUAUUAGCAUCUGAAGAACUUCGCUUCUGUUUGAAAAAAUUUGAAAAUAUCAGCGAUGAAGCAUAUGUUGAUAAAAAUGGCGUCCAGAUUGCUCGAGAAAUCGCUCAAUUGCAUGGUAUCAAUGGUGAUGAAACCGAAAUAAAAGAAGAAAGCAAACAGAGGGACGUUACAAAGAGAGACACUAUUAUUGCUUUAGAAAACAGAAAAAGCAAGAAACAAAAUAUAAAAACAUUAGAUGCAGCAUUUUGGAAAAGGAUGACCAUUAUAUCAUCUGAGAAACCAGAAACUUCUCCCUUAUUAAAAAAUCUAAGAAAAUUAAGUGAAAGAAGAGGAACGUUUAAAGUCCUUGAAAAUAGGAAAAAAUCAGUCAUCGAUGAAAUGAGAAGAAAAAGUACAAUUCGUUGGGAAGGAAACGAAAUGGGCGAUUACGAAGCAAUGAUGAAGUUAACUAAAGAAUUUUCCCAAAAUAAUGGAAGGUUAACAUCACAAAGUGAAGGAGGAAUUUAUAAUGAAGCAUUCGAUGAAGAAAGUUUCUAAAUUCGUGUUAAAAUAAUCUCUAGGAAAAUUAUCAUCUAAUUUAACAUGUUAUUAACGUCUUGUAAAAUUCGUAUUUUUAAAUAGAUGCAAGUUUCAUCAA